CCACGUCGAGGGAAGCAGCAGUGAGAGCCAGGCCGCCGCCAUAGCCGCUCCCCGGGCAACGAAGGAGGAGAAACCGGCGAAUCACUCUCUCUUCCUCUCUCCCUCCUCUCUGUCUCUCUUUGUUUCUCGUUCUCUCCGUCUUUGUCCGACGUUCCCGGGUGUCCGCGUUGCGGCGCGCGUUUCGCGGCGGCGACGUUUUAACCCAUAUUCCAGUCUGGAAUUUCAGCAGCGUGACAACACGUCGCCUCGCACGCGCGCGAAGGUCCGACGAUCGGGCGACCGCUGCCGACCGGGCGACCAGCAGCACCCGGCGACGAGAGUGACGUGGAUCUGGACACGCGAGUCGCUUCCGCGGGCAGCGUGUACAUCCGGCGGGAGCGCGUAGAGACGGUGCUGCUGACGAGACGUCACCGGCGACGACGACGACGACGACGACGGCGACGACGACGUCGACGACGACGGCGGAGAGACGAUGGCCACCGGGCGAGCGUAGAACAACGUGGUGAACGCGCGUGCGGCGCGUCCGAAUUUCACUUCGACGACGAUGACAUUUCGGCGACGACGGCGGCGGUAGAGGCUUCGUGCGCGUGUCACUCGUCGACGUGGAUGACCGCCGACCCAUCGUCGUGGAUGCCAUUGAAGGCGCGAGGCUGACCGGCGAGGGUAGUUUGCGCGCUGGUGGCCGGUGGAAGGACGGCAACGAUUAUCGCCAAUUUUUCUCGAUCCGCCGGUGAUCGUUAUCCAACGCGGCGCGUCUUUCUAGAGAUUAGCGUUCGCACGUACGCUAUGCUCUGCCGGCGUUUUAAAUAACUGCGCGUGCGAGAGUAUGUACUUGAGUAGAAAUGUACUGGUGUCGACACGCUCGACGGCUCGUAAUGGUGAAUAAAAUGCAAAGCACGGUGAGGCGGGAGCAAGCUUGUGGUGUCGAAGGUAGCGGCGAGCCGUGAACUUGGGGGAUGCUAAAAAUUUUGUGCGCCAUGUUAGUGUGAGUGGGUUCCGCUGGUGGGUCACGAAUGCCAUUGCGUAAACGUACUUCGUGCGAAUGGAACGCACCGUGGUGUCGAACGCCGCACUGACCCGUAUAUGUCAACGACGGUGCGGUCAUCGAGUCGAUUGUUCGCUGACACCCUAGUCGGAUGAUUAAAAGCUACUGGGUUUCGAGCCGAGUAAUGCGAUGAUUCGCGUAGAGCGACGAACUGUAGAUGAUUAUCGGCAACGUGCGAUCGCCGAAUAUCGACGAGACGACGACGACGUGAAACGCAGAUGUCAGGCGUGAAGUUUACGUUUCGUCGAGAGCGUGAGACGCUUCUUUUUUUGGAUGGGAUAUGUAAUACCGAGCGAUCAAGUGCCAGCGCGUUAAACGCACAUUAGUCCCUCGCGUUUAUUCGAGGAGGCUGCGGUCAAUUUUAAAGGGAGACGUGCCUCGUGGUGGUGAGCGAAAAUUCGAGAAGCGAGAGAGAAAGGCGGAAAGAUUGAGGAUACUUAGGAUGGAUUGAAUCGUGAGAAUAAGCACUUGACGAAAGAGGGUCCAGAAAAUUGUGCCGGAAGCCCGUGGCGAUUCUCCGGGCAUGAAGUACAUUGCACAAUAAAACUGCGGGGUUUUACGAGACGUCUUAGAAAGAGGUCUGCCGGUCGGAAGAAGGCGCACCGCAGUCAAUAACGUGCCGUCGAGUGUCUACAGACGAAGUACGCACGAUAUUCGCCGGAGAAUUUAAUUAAGCGACCAAACAUCCGGAAUACCUACGAGCCGAGCGCAUAGGUUCAAAAUAUCUCGCCAGUGGUGAAGUCGAUUGCGCGAUCGGACGUCACUGCGAGCGUCGCGAAAAUCGGGAUGAUCUAAACGAUAUAAACUCUACAAGAAGAAUGAACGUGAACGUUUACGUGCUAAAUUUUUAGUGCCGCGAAUCAUCCGGUUUACGAAAGAGUCGCGUGACCACGCGGACAGUCAGACGCGAUUUUUCAAUUUUUUCCAUCGCAUUUUUUCCGAUUCUCGCCACUCGAGAGUGCAAUACUAGCUACGUUGCGUCGAGAAAAGUAUAAUAAUAAUCUCGAGAAACGAAUUGCUCCCCCCCCCGUCACAAGCGGCGAUCGAUGACGCCAACCGAUCGCUCGAUCGCGGCGGAGUAACGCCGCCGUGCGCGUCGGCACGUGCAUGGCAUUAAGUGAACCGUCGCAAACAAUUGGUCGCAACAAUUCGAUUGCCGGUGCAUCUGACGCCUCAAGUUCCGGCUUUCGCCUGUCCGAUAUUGUACAUACAUACAUACGCGCGUAAUCGUGACUCAUUAAGCGUUACGAGCUCGAACAGCCAGUGGUCGUUUGAUCGCGUCGCUUUGUUCGUCGAUACGAUGUAACAAGGAAAGAGAGACGGAGAGAGAAAGAGCUGGUUCACGCGAGUCACGUGGACCUCUGACGAUUCUGUGCACGGCGGAAAACGGCAAAGCGAAACCUGCCGAUUAGGAAAUUAGAAACGCGGCCGAUUGUCGGUAGCUCGGUAUACAUACGUGUCGGUCCGUUCGCGAUUCCUCCUCGCUCGAGCCGAUCGCGAGCUAAUCGAGCACGACUUUAAGUACGUCGAUAAAAGCAAUAUUCCGUUUUCGAAAGUUUGCGCGACGAGUGCGCCGGCGGUGAUCGUCGUGACAGUGGUGUUUGUGACAGAAUCGAGGUGCCGGUUUGAUACGCGACGACACCGAUCUCUCUCCUACGAUUCACAGCCGUGAUCUCGCGAUGCUGCGGCGUCCCGGCGACGUCAUCGCCUCUGCACAUCGCGAGCUGCGAGCAACGAGAUGAGAGUGGACGCAGGGUGCGGAAACAAAAGUAGAUACCGUCGCGCCGUAUCCACGUACUUCGAAGACGAAUCUCCCGCAGUCGACGUACGGAUCGAAGUACGCGGAGUAUCGAGUGUAUCAGCGAGAGUGGUUGAACGUGGAGUAGGCGAGAGCGCAGCAGCGGCACGUGAGACGAGUGUCGUCGCUCGAGACACUUGUUGCACGUCGGUCGUCCCUUAAAGAGGGUCUGUCGGCGUCAAUAUCGGGCCACCGUGAGUGAGAGAUACACGAACCCCAUCGUUCGUAGGAUCGGUAUCGCGGAGAAGAGGCGAGAGAGUGCGUAGAGAGUGUGCCGACAACGCAGGGGGUGGUUCCAGUGGUGAACGCGCCAUCGGGCCGAGCGUAGUAGCCGGCGGCAUGUCGCUCGACGUCGGGACGGUCGCGGACGACCGCGUGGCGAGCGACGCGUGCCUCGUACGCCUGUCGAUCACCGUUCGCAAAAAGUGCACGCGUACCGUCGCCGCGAUGCGACGCACAGUGAUCGUUAGCGCGUCGAGCGAUCGGAGUGCGACCGGGGCGGCGUGUUCGACGGGCGUCACUUGGCAUGCCGCCGAUCGUCGUGCAACCCCUCGGUGGUCGGCCGUCGUCGUUGCUCUUCGUCACGUCGGUGCGUACGAACGCUCGAGCGGCUCGAAUAACAAUCGGUGGCGCGGUAGCCCGUCGGAAUCGGAGCACGGGAGCGGAGUGCCGUAGUAGGACGCGUGGCCCGCCUGCCGGAUCGGUAUCGUGCCGGGGAUCAAGAGAGAGAGAGAGAGAGAGAGAGAGAGAGAGAGAGAGAGAGAGAGAGAGAGAGAGCGAUCAUGUGCUACGCUCGGUGACACCGGUCGCGAUCGUGCGCGGCGUUACCGUUGGCGGUAUACGUAGUUAGCAGAGAGAGCAGAGCUACCACUGCCGGGCGGCUAUCACCACGUGGUGGACAUCCCCGGGCGUGUACUCGGGUGGUUUUGGCUAAGACAAGAGGAAAAGAAGACCGGAAGGCUGGAUCACCUCCGUGGAAUGUCUUCGGGCGCCAAGCGACUGGUGCAGUCGCUUAGGGGCCGGACGGGGGGCAGGGGCACCGGUGGCGGUCGUUCCGACGCCGGUGCAGAGGAUAGCGGCGUCGGGGGUGGCGGGGCCAGCACAAGCGCGACGAGACUGUGCCAUUACGACAGCGGGCACGAGCUCGACGAGAUUUCGGUGAUCGGGGCUAACGUCAGGGACAACGAGGGGCUGACGACGCCCACCACGCCGUGUCACUGCAGGAGCAUCAAGUACGGUAGUGGACAGACGCUUUGCAGCAUCGCCGGAUUGCCGCCCGCCCCCGCUAUACCCGCGCACAGAGCACAAUCCGGUGUCAUCACAGGCGGGGUGAGGCAUCGUCUCAGCUGCGGCUCCGCAUCCGCCCUGAGCUACGGCGGCGAAAAGUACGGUAGAAGCGGUAGGUCUGGCGACGGUAGAACCGGGGGCGGCGUCAGGGAGAAGGAGGAUGACACCAAGAGUGCGGAGAACAUGUCCAGGGGGGUUUUACCCUCGAGGCAGAGCCUCUUGGACCUCGUCAGCGGUAAAUUCAUGGGCCGACACACACCCACUCACCACUACUACUAUCAGCAGCAGCAGCAGGUGUAUUCUGUGUCGCAGCGAUACUUCAGCUCGUCACGGGACUCGCUUCAGGGGGGAUACGUGAAUCGGGGGGCGAGCGAGCUCGAUCUGAGCCGCAAGCCGAGAAGAAGGGACCACCUAAGGGGCAGAUUCAAGCUGCCAUAUACAGUUGCGCUUACGUCCUCGCGUGACCAAUCGCACCUCCACACACCGGCAUCAGUCAAUCAUCUCAGCAACAGUAGCUGCAACGGCACUGAAACAAGGUACACGGCGCAACAACAGCAACAGCAACGCGGUAGUAGGGGCUAUCCCGGGACACCUGGAUCGAGGAAUUUUCGAACUGGUGCGCCAAAUUGGUCCUUCAUCUUCGAUCCUGCGGGACGUCUCUGUUACUAUUGGUCGAUGGUGGUUUCUCUUGCCUUCCUUUACAACUUCUGGGUGAUCAUCUAUAGGUUUGCCUUCCAGGAGAUCAACGGAGAAACUCGUUGGGUGUGGUUCUGCCUGGACUACUUCUCGGAUUUUUUAUACGUACUCGACAUAAUAUUUCACAUUCGAACGGGAUACCUGGAAGACGGCGUCCUGCAAACCGACGCCACGAAAUUGAGAAAUCAUUAUACGAACAGCACCACGUUUUACAUUGACAUCCUGUGCCUGCUGCCCCUCGACUUUUUAUACUUAUCUAUAGGAUUUAACAGUAUGCUGCGAAGUUUUAGACUCGUAAAAAUUUACCGGUUCUGGGCGUUCAUGGACAGGACCGAGCGACACACGAAUUACCCGAAUCUGUUUCGCUCGACCUCCUUGAUACAUUAUUUACUAGUGAUCUUUCACUGGAACGGGUGCCUCUAUCACAUUAUUUAUAAGAACAACGGCUUCGGCAGUAAGAACUGGGUGUUCAGCGACUCCGAGACGGCGGACGUUGUCAAACAAUAUCUGCAGAGCUACUACUGGUGCACUCUUGCCCUAACGACCAUCGGCGAUCUGCCCAGACCGAGAAGUAAAGGCGAAUAUCUCUUUGUGAUUGGUCAGCUGUUCUUUGGUCUGCUGCUAUUCGCAACGGUGCUGGGUCACGUCGCAAACAUCGUCACUUCCGUCAGCGCGGCGCGGAAGGAGUUUCAGGCGAAGCUGGACGGCGUGAAGACUUACAUGCGGAUGAGGAGGGUACCGAAUCAUUUGCAAGUUAAAGUUAUCAAGUGGUUCGACUACUUGUGGCUGACGCAGAAAUGCUCCGACGAGGAAAAAGCAGUGAGUUGUCUUCCAGAUAAGCUGAAGGCAGAGAUCGCGAUAAACGUACACCUGGACACGCUGAGGAGGGUUGAGAUCUUCCAGAACACGGAGGCUGGCUUCCUGUGCGAGUUGGUGCUGCGACUACGGCCCGUUCUUUUCUCACCUGGCGACUACAUCUGCCGCAAAGGUGAGGUGGGAAAGGAGAUGUACAUAGUGAAUAGGGGCCGACUGCAGGUGGUGGCUGACAACGGGAAGACGGUGCUCGCCACCCUUAAGGCGGGUUCCUACUUCGGGGAGAUCAGCAUUCUCAAUAUGGGGACCGCAGGUAAAGAGUGCGGUAACCGGCGAACAGCCAGCGUGCGCUCGGUCGGCUACUCGGACCUCUUCGUUCUCAGCAAGAAGGACAUGUGGGACGUGCUCAAGGAGUAUCCAGCUGCCAGGGUGCGCCUUGAAGCCAUCGCAGUCAAGAGGCUGGAAAAGUACAAGAGAGCUCCUCUGGAGAAAGUUGCCAUGGGUAGGUGCCAGAGCACGCCCGGUCUGGUGGAGUCACGGGGCCGCGUGUCGUUGGAGGACAUGUGGAUAUCGCCAAUCGACCUCAAGUCCACUCACCCGUAUUCGACGGCCGCUUCGCUGUUCUCGCCGAGUCCGAGCCCGGUGACGGCUCGUCCUGUACCGAGCGCGGGCAUCCUGGUCGACGCGAACAACGCGCCCAGAGGCACGGAGAGUCCGAUAAGUGGGGCCAGCAGCGGCCCCAGCAGCGAGGACCAGACGGCCAGGGCGCCACCAUCAGCUGCCACCAUCACUCAAGCCUCCACCGGCAGGCAAUCCACCCACUCCGGUAUGACCAACAGCAUGACGCAACUGAUAAGCGAGGGUACGACGCCCCUCUUCGGCACCCACGAGGCUCUGCUGGCAGAGAUUCAGCGUCUCCGCGAGCGCCUGAAAGGCCUGGAAACCGAGAACGCGGCGAUGAGCGUUAAGCUGAACCAGCAGCAGUGGGAGGUCGAGCAUCGACUGGCCGAAAUCGAGAUGCAAAUUUGCGGGGCGAGCUCGACCUCGAGCGUCGAGGACAACAAUGAGAGAAACCGGGAGAGCAUUAUUUAA